AUGUUGACAAUCAGAUUUCCUGAAUUAACUAACAUAAAUUUAUUAAUGGCCUAAUUGACUCAUAUAAGUUCAAUUUUGAAAAUGGGAAUUGUAGGUAUAGCUAAUGUUGGUAAGGUAAAUAAUUCAAUUUUAACAAGAUUUCAAAAUUCAAUAUGCUCACUAAAUAAUCUGUACCAGUACAAAACUUCCCAUUUUGA